AUGGCUUUCUCUCGCUCCACUUUGGCUGUCUGCCUUUUGGCCAUGUUUUUGGUCGGAUUCUUGGUCGAAGAAUCGGCCGCUCAAUAUUAUGGAUACGGAGGCUAUGGCUAUGGCUACGGAUACCCUGCCUACGGCUAUGGAUACUACGGAAAGAGAGCUGCUGGAUUCGAGGGACCAACUGGAAGCCCAAUCCAACAUGGAGCCCAGUAA